CUUAAAUGAACUCCUUCUCUUAAAAUCUGAUUAGGCGAUUAUUGGUUUUUAAACUGUAAGAAUAUCACAAUUUUGUUGUCAUGGAGACGGAAGAUCUUUUUUUCACAACACACCUAUGGAGUCUCCUUAACUUACAUAGUAAGUUGCCCGAGCAAAACUAAUAAUUACGGAGUCAUAUGGGCCAUAUUCAAAAUGCAUCAAUCUCGACAAUUGCCAAUUUAGCUGUCUUUGGUGUCCAUUGUAUUUGUGAUAAGAUCACGUUGACGAAGACAAGCCUAUUUAAUGCUAACAAGUGGAAAGUUGUUGAGUUGCGAAGCGCAACAAUCCCUGUCACCUGGGAUUCCAAGGUCGAUUUGUUGUAAGUGAGUGACUUCCUUUUUUUUUUAUCGGAUCAAAAUUAGAGUAUACUUCUGUUUCGUAUCUCUGUUUUUGGCUUUCGGAGCAAAGCAUAGCAAUACGCUACCUUUGUCGGGUGUGUACUUCUUGUACUUUUUGCUACCGUCGGAAGCGUACUAAUUA